UCGGCGUUUCUCCUGAAGAAAGAAAUGAGGGAGUUCCGUUUCUUCCUUUCCUUGUCUUUUUAAUUUAUUUUAAAAAAUUCGAAAUAUGGAGAUCGGCAAAUGGCCAUGGGAGCCAGCGGCUGUUAAAUAGGAAGCACCUAACUAUGAACUCAUUCAAAGCUCCCAACUGCUUCGUCCCUCUCGUUGUUCAUUCCCACCUUUAUAGGCGACCACCUCUAGGGUUUUUCCUCAUCCCACCACGCUUCUUCUCAGGAUUAUCAGCUAAUACAUUCAUGGAUGUUGUCAAAGCGACUCUUAAGAGAGCUUCUAUGGCUCAUGAUAGUGUGGCUAUAAGAGCGGAAAAUAAUAGCUACAGCUUUGCUCAGAUUGUUUCAUCUGCAUGGAGCAUCUGCAAUCAUUUGUGCAGUGGGAAUUUUAAAAAUAAUAUUGAGGAGUGUAAAUACGAAACUUCUGUUCAGUCCAACAAUAAAUCAGAAAAUCUUCAUGGAGCACGCAUAGGGAUUGUAGCUAAGCCUUCUGCUGAAUUUGUUGCUGGGGUUCUUGGCACUUGGCUUAGUGGUGGAGUUGCAGUUCCACUUGCACUGAGCUAUCCUGAGGCAGAGCUCUUACAUGUGAUGAAUGAUUCAGAUAUCUCCGUUGUUUUAAGCACCCAAGAAUAUCAAGAAUUAAUGGAGAAAGUGGCUGCCAAGUGUUCUUCUUAUUUUUCUCUUCUUCCUUCUGUUACCAGCAUACCUACAAAUACGGGUUCGCUUGAACCUGCUAGGAAUGAUCAGUUUCAUUUGAUUUCUAAGUUGAUACAGGAAAUGAGUGAUUCAAGAAAGCCUGAAGGCGAUGACCCUGCAUUAAUUCUAUAUACAAGUGGGACAACGGGGAAGCCCAAAGGUGUUGUUCACACCCACAAGGGGAUAAUUUCACAGGUUCAGAUUCUAACAGAAGCUUGGGAAUAUACAAGUACUGACCAAAUUCUUCAUUGCUUGCCAUUACAUCAUGUUCAUGGUCUUUUCAACGCGCUGCUUGCCCCUCUUUAUGCUGGAGCUGUGGUUGAAUUUAUGCCAAAAUUUAGUGUAAGAGGUGUUUGGCAGAGAUGGAGAGAAUCGUAUCCUGAUAAUGGAAAUAAAGUUGAUGAUGCUAUUACCUUGUUUACUGGGGUUCCAACAAUCUACACUCGGCUGCUACAGGGCUAUGAGAUGAUGGAUUCAGAUCUUAGAGCAGCUUCUGCUUCAGCUGCAUGUAAAUUGCGUCUUAUGAUGUGUGGGUCGUCAGCCCUUCCUUAUCCUAUAAUGAAACAAUGGGAAGAGAUAACAGGACACCGACUUUUGGAACGCUAUGGUAUGACAGAGUUUGUCAUGGCACUCUCCAACCCGUUGCAUGGUAUUAGGAAGGCAGGUACUGUUGGAAAACCUCUACCAAGGGUGGAGGUUAAGAUAAUUGGAGAAGAUGGAAAUGAAGCAGAUGGAGUUGGAGAACUUUGUGUUCGAAGCCCUUCCUUAUUCAAAGAAUAUUGGAAACAACCCAAGGUGACAAAGGAAUCAUUCAUUGAUGGUGGAUUCUUCAAAACUGGGGAUACUGCUACUGUGGAUGAAGAUGGUUAUCAUGUUAUUUUAGGACGUUCUAAUGCUGAUAUCAUGAAAGUCGGAGGUUACAAGCUAUCGGCGUUGGAGAUUGAAGCAGUACUUCUAGAGCAUCCAGUUGUGUCUGAGUGCUGUGUGUUGGGUCUGGAAGACAAGGACUAUGGGGAGAUUGUGUGCGCAAUAAUUGUGGCUCAUGAAAGCAAUGAGAAAGUAAGUAAUGAGGAGUUAAAAACAGCAGCUAUUAGCUUGGAGGAGCUGCAGGAGUGGUCGACAGAGAGACUGGCGCCUUAUAAGAUUCCGACGAAGCUGUUAUUGUGGGACGAGCUUCCGAGAAACGCAAUGGGAAAGGUGAAUAAGAAGGAGCUGAAAAGAUUGCUGGAGAAUUGAUUUUGGGUUCUUUGAAAGUCUUAGGUUAGUUAUUUCAUAUUGUAAUGAUUUAUGAGAGUUUCAGACAUAAAUUUGCUCUACUAAACAGAAAUUAAUGAAGAUAUAUUU